AUGACGAGCAAGGGAAGGAUUGUCGUCCUCAUUUUCGCGAAUUUUUUCGCGGAUUUCAUCGCAGCUGCUCCUGUAACUUACUGGGCUUUGGGAGCUGCGCCAAAUUUUUUCGUGGGAGAUUCGGCAGUUCAGCAAACUUGGAUGGAUGGUUUGGCGCAAUGUAUUGCCAGGCUUCUGCCGACUUCGCAUUUGAAAUGCGUGAAUACGCUGAUUUCAGUCAGCAGCACUACAAAUGAUGCGAAUUUGCAGAACCUGGUUUGCAGGGCAGCGAGUAACGUCAACAACUGCAACAACUGCUUGACUACACUGGGAGCAAUGCCAAAUUUUUUUGUGGGAGAUUCUGCAGUUCAGCAGACUUGGAUGGACGGUUUGGCACAAUGCAUUGCGCAAUUUCUCCCAUCUUCGCACUUGAAGUGCGUCAAUACUCUCAUAUCUGCUUCAACCACAGUGACGACAUCUGACGGCCAGCAAGUGAGAACAGGCACAGUUGCCAGCAACGGAAUUUUCGGUCUGAUUCGAAGCAUCAUUUCGACCUUGAAUGUCCUGGACUUCCGCUGGGUCAAGAUGAUUCAAGCCCAAAACUGCAUCAUCCUGGCAAACAUCGGCCUCUCUUGAAUAAGAAACUCAAUUUCUUCCAGAAAAAAAAUCCAUUUUAUAAACGCAUGAUUGAAAAAAAAUAUACAGUAUAUCAGCAGACUCUCGGGAAUAAAAUGCUGGGACUGUCUCAAAAGUUCUGUUCGGAUAUUUUGAAAUGAACUCAUUUGAGUAAAAUUAUGUUUUCCAACCC